AUGACUGUCCCGUCGUUUGAAACCAUCUUCGCGGUGCCUAUGACCUGCCAGUCGUGCAUCAACGACAUCGAAGGCUCCCUCCAGCAAUUGGGUGGUGUCAACAAAAUCACUGCCAACCUUAAAGAUCAACUGGUAUCUGUCGAGGGCACAGCAGCGCCAUCGGCCAUUGUUGAAGCUAUUCAAGCAACUGGCCGCGAUGCAAUUCUAAGAGGAUCUGGAAGAUCAGACAAAUCGCACGCACCUAAUGUAGAGAACAAAGUUCGAGGAUUAGUGCGCAUGGUUGAAGUAGCUCCGAGUAUGACUAUCAUCGAUCUGAGCAUAAGGGGAUUGUCGCCUGGAACGUACCAGGCCACAGUUCGCGAAUCUGGCGACAUAUCCGACGGACCAGAAUCUACCGGCGCCAUCUGGGAGUAUCUCAAGGCCAAAAAGGAAGACAAGCCGUGUCGGGGCAUCUUUGGAACCGUCCAGGUAGGAAAGGGUGGAGUCGGAUCUGUGUUCCUGGACAAGCCCAUCCACAUCUGGGAGAUGAUCGGACGUAGCAUCGUGGUUGCGCGAGAGCAAGACGGCAAGGUAUGCGAAACCGCUAGUUGA